AUGGCGGUGCAUUGCUGUGCUACCAACAAGCCGGACACGGGCUAUGCCGGCGCUGCUUGUACGGCGUUGAUAAGUGCUGGCAAGGCAAGGCAAGGCAAGGCGUAUCAGUGCGCCUGUGGAGAGAAACUUGUGGAGUGGCACGACUUUGUGGCGCAAAAAGUUGGACGGUUCGGUGCUGUCAAAGUGUGCCUCGGGCUCACCCCGCCCCAGGCCGUAUCCGCAAAGCUGGCACCUGCGCGGCUUUGCAUGUCGCGUGUCUAA